AUGUCAUCGAGUAUUAUAUCAGAUACAGCGGACAAAGUGAAAAGUAUGGUUGGCGGAGAGAAAGGCCGCAAGGCCGCUGAUCUUGACACCGUUACCCAGACGGUAUCGCCCAAGGACAGGAUUACUUCCGACUUUGGCGUGAAGAUAGGCAAUGUCGAUGAAUGGUUACGAGUAACAAGCAAUGACAAGACAGGUCCUAUGCUUCUAGAGGACUCAUUUGCUAGAGAAAAAAUUCAUAGAUUUGACCACGAACGAAUUCCUGAACGGGUUGUUCAUGCACGAGGUGCUGGUGCGUUUGGUACCUUCCGGUUAUUUGAGAGCGCCGAGGACGUAUCAAUGGCAGGAGUUCUUACGGAUACCUCUCGUGAGACGCCUGUUUUCGUUCGAUUCUCUACCGUGGCAGGGUCUCGCGGUAGCGCCGACACCGUGCGGGACGUUCGCGGGUUUGCCAUCAAGUUUUAUACGCAGGAAGGUAAUUGGGAUAUAGUUGGAAACAACAUACCAGUUUUCUUUAUCCAGGACUCUAUGAAAUUCCCGGAUGUUGUUCACUCCGUGAAACCUGAACCUCACAACGAGGUGCCGCAGGCUCAGUCAGCUCACAACAACUUCUGGGAUUUCGUGUUUAUGCAUACCGAGGCCACUCACAUGUUCAUGUGGACGAUGUCAGACCGAGCGAUUCCGCGAUCAUAUAGGAUGAUGCAGGGCUUUGGCGUAAACACUUUUGUUCUAGUUAAUAAGAAGGGCGAGCGUCACUUCGUCAAGUUCCACUUUACGCCCGACCUUGGCGUCCACUCGUUAGUUUGGGAUGAAGCUUUGAAGAUUGCAGGUCAAGAUCCCGACUUCCAUCGCAAGGAUUUAUGGGAGGCGAUUGAGAACGGCGCUUAUCCGAAAUGGAAGUUCGGCAUCCAAGUGCUCCCAGAGUCUCGGGAACACGAAUUUGAUUUUGAUAUUCUCGAUGCGACGAAGCUUUGGCCCGAGGAUAUUAUCCCGGUCCGAUACAUUGGCGAGCUCGAACUUAACAAGAACGUGGAUGAAUAUUUCCCCCAGACCGAACAGGUUGCAUUUUGCACGUCGCACAUGGUUCCAGGAAUUGCUCAUUCGGACGAUCCUCUGUUGCAAGGACGUAGCUUUAGCUACCAAGAUACACAGCUAUCCCGUCUUGGAGUCAACUGGCAAGAACUUCCUAUUAAUAAACCAGUCUGCCCCGUUAUGAACUUCAACCGUGAUGGCCAAGGAAGACAUACUAUCACUAAAGGGCAAGUUAACUACUGGCCCAACAGGUUCGAGGCACGGCCGCCGGCCACUGCGCAAGAAGGGGCAUACCCGGAGCCCCCCUUCAAUGUCCAAGGUAUUAAGGCGCGAUCCAAGAGUGUAAAAUUCCGAGAGCAUUACAACCAGGCCCAAUUGUUCUAUAACAGCUUGUCCGAACCGGAGAAGAGUCAUGUUGCUGCCGCGUUCUCAUUCGAACUAGACCACUGUGACGAUCCCAUUGUCUACGAGCGCAUGACCCAACGAUUAGCUGAUAUCGAUUUGGAACUUGCUCAGACCGUAGCUGAGUUGGUCGGAGGACCGAAGCCUGAGAAAGGAACUAGACCGAACCACGGCAAGAAAACUAGUAAGCUUAGCCAGCUUGAAUUCCCGCCAGCGAAACCGACGAUUGCUAGCCGACGCAUUGCUAUUAUCAUUGCAGACGGCUUUGACAACACUGUCUACAGCGCUAUUAAGGCGGCGGUCAAAGCGUCUAGUGCAUUACCGUUCACCAUCGGAACUCGCAGGUCCGAGAUAUUCCCCGCUGGCGCAUCGAAGACACCAGGCAGUGGUGUGAAACCUGACCACCACCUUGAAGGGAUGCGAUCUACCAUGUUCGAUGCAGUUUUCGUUCCUGGCGGUGCUGAAUCGAUCAAGACUCUUUCUAAGAGCGGGCGUGCCCUACACUGGCUCCGCGAAGCGUUCGGACAUCUUAAGCCUAUUGGAGGUACAGGCGAAGCAGUCGAGUUAUUCAAAUUGGCUUUCGCAUUACCAGAGAUUCAAGUGUCGACAAACGAGCAGGCGGUUGAAUCAUAUGGUGUUGUUACCAUGAGCAAUGUGUCCCCUGACGGUUUGAAGGAGACCGUUACGAUCGCAAAGGAGGGAGCAGGACUCUUGGAGAAGUUCUGGUACCAAGUUUCGCAACAUAGAAACUUUGAAAGAGAAUCAGCUGGGCUCAACGUACAGGUUGCAUAUUAA